AGGGAAGGUGGGCUCCCGAGAGGCUUCAUUGACCGUCUUGGCCCUCACUCGUCUACAGACUCACCUGUAGGAGGUAUACCUUCCUGACGUGGAUACCAACGUAUGUGAAAGGGACACCGCGCGUGGGACUAAUAAUACCGCCUACUCACUGGGAGGGACAGCCUAGUUUCCCGUGGCCUCUUCCUUCGGCUCUCGAUCGAGUGAUUUAUCAAUUUUCGUUCUGGAUGAGACAGACGCGUCGCUGAAGUUUCCACGUAACACCACUACGUUUUACCCGACGAAGUUGCCGCUGGAGUUCCGCUUCUUCUUCUUCUUCAGACACCGAAUCGUGAGCUUGUAGUCUGGAAGGGCGAGGACUGCGUGUCCUUUGCACGUGGAUUUUCAUGGAAGGAAACAGGAUGUGAGGCAAGGAUGCAGUGCACAUUGGCAAGUCUAAUUUCCCAUAAAGUCUGAAGUGAGAGGAAGGCAUUCAAGGCUGAGACUGGUGUGAAAAAGUUGGAAAAUAUCGCUUGCAUCAUCAUCCCGUUUUAUGAUCCCUACUAAAGGAACGUUUCAAAGGUUGCAAAGGUGUUGUAAUUUAUCAGUUCUGUUUUGUGGCUCUGGCAAGAAAGACUUGUAAAAAAAAUAAAAAUAGAUUUCUAAAAAAAAUCAUGUAAAAUGUUAAAUACGUCUCCAUAGUUAUCUUAUGAUUGAGCUUCAAUUCGUAUCAGUUCGAACCUCAAGCUAUUUCCAGAUUAAACCUGUCUGUCAUGCUGCGACGUCGUUGUUUGUAUAAUACACCGCAAGAAAAUCAGUCAAAUAAGAUAUUCCGAGAAAACCUUUGAAAUACAAUUCGAACUUUUCUCUCCCGCACUAAAAAUGUAUAACUGCCGGCAGAGAAGACUACGAGCCUAAAAGGUUUUAGUUAUAAUAACGCAUAAAAUCUAAGAUGGUCCGAAAGUGCCCCCGGAGCGUAUUUCCUUCGAGAUUUUAAAUGCGAAGAAUGGCCGCUUAUAAAAGCUUCUGAUAUAAAAGGCUUCCAUUGCGUUUUAAGAGUCGUUUAAUAGUCCCUUUUUAUUGUACCUGUGGAAAAAAAAAAGGCAGCAAAAUAACCGCGGUAAAGCAUGAUUGAUGAAUCGGGCUGUUAUGUCCAGAGCGCUGAGCUGCGGCCGCCUCUUCAAUACCCUUGUGAAAAGAUGGACAUUUGUUACAACAGCCCGGUCAAUAAUACCCGCGGUGUUGCUGAAGGAGAGGCAGAAUGCGGAGGAGAUAAUGAGUGGGAAGAAGAGGAAGACGACGAAGAAAAGGACCAGGAGGAGGAAGAUGGGCGAGGAGGAGAAGAAGCGGACGGAGACAAAGAUAGGAGGAAAAACCGCCACAAUGGGGACAAUGCUUCCAUUGUCGGGGCGACAGAAGAAGCCGACACCUCCGGAGGCGCUCCCAGCGUCGGCUUUCCACCGACAGCGCUCAACGUCGCCGGCGGCAAACACUUCCAAAAGGGCAGGAAAAAACAGAACAAGUGUUUGCCCUCCAGAAUAGCAGACAGAUACGGCCAAAGACCCAGAACCAUAAUACGGAGGAUCAUGCUCGAAAAGGGACUGAGGGACAGGUCCCCGCAAAAAGCUCCCGGCCGGGCCAAGUUACAGACGCUGUCCAAAUACCGCAAAAAGUCUGUCAGCGCCCGGGAGUGGUGUCACAUGCAGGAGAUCAACCUGGCUUUCGAAAGCCUUCGAAACGCUCUCCCGAUGGGCUACAGCAACGCUGGGUACAGUGACACUCGGCGGCAGCUAAAAUGACCACCCUGAGGUUAGCUCUCAGGUACAUAACGACCCUCACGCAGCUUCUGCAGGAUGACCAGGUCUCACCAUCCACGGAUGACGAGUGUCACGGCUCUUGCUGCUCAGGGGAACACAAUUAUUAUACGGCGAGUAACAACAGCAGCAGCAGCAGCAGCAGCAGCAUUAACAACAGCGGCAGUAACAGCAGCUGCAGUGAUCAUAACGAGGCAUGUUCUUACCGUGACGUCGGUGUCUCUCUCCAUCGUGAUCUGGAAAGCGAAGACAAAAACAGCCUCAGCAAACGGACCUGUCUCGAUUACAACAGGCACGCCCUGGAGAACCCCCUCCCCAACAACAACUACAGCACCCAUCGCACUUCCCUUCAUCACGACCGGCAUAAACGACCUCGCUAUCACACCGAAAAAGAUGACAGUCACGAAGCGCUGGACAGCGGAGGCCGACAUUCUCUUUUGGCGUCCAGAAGAGAAGAAAGAGAUGGGAAGGAGGGCGGGGGAGAAAGAGAACGAAGAGAAGUAGAACAAGGAGAAGAGGACGACCCAGAAAUCUACAUAGAGGCCAUAGCGGGCAUCUUCAAAGAGCCCAGUAGCUCCUUUGACGAAGAGGAAUCGUGCCCAUGCCAGAAAGACGUCCAUAUCACGCGGCAUAAGGGCGGUGAGCCUCCUCCUCCUCUUCUGGGGUCAGUCACUCUUCCCAAGACACGCCCAUCGCCGCAGGUCAUGGAGGGUCACGGGGGCGACCCUUGCUCCGCCGAGGAUUUCGGUGACCUCACCGAUUACCAUUCCGAGAGUCACUUGGAGGUACUGGACGAUCUCAAACAGCUGUCGGACGCUGAGUCAGACGUUCUCCUGCUUGCCACGGACGCGGGUGGUGCCCUUAGCAAGGACUUGACUUAGGGACUCCACGCGAAGGCUUUGAAUGAAGGAUGAUAAAGGGCCGUCGAGUGCCCGAAAUGAAAGACGUCAAGAGACCAGAAGAAUACCAAACAGAGCGGCUGAAGGCUCCCGGAGUGUUUUCGGCAAAGAACUCCAAAAGGUCCUUGAGUGCUUUAACAAAGAACCGGGACCCCUGGAAGUGAUAUCAAGAGAGAAAUCGUUCCGCUUUCACGAAAGCAGUCGAGAAGCAAAUACCUGAGAGGGAGGAAAACUCAAAAGAUGCUAUUUUAGGCAUUGUUAGACGAUAGACACUUGUGGUGCUGUUAUGCAUACCGUUUAAACUCUUUGCUUUGGCUAAAAUAAGAAAUUAACAUAGUUCGUGAAACGUAUUGUUUACUAAACAGUGGCACCGCGCUUAUAUCAUACUAUAUUCUUUGUUAUACAUUUAUUUUCACUAGAAACUUAACGAUCAUACACACAUACAC